CCAAAAAAAUGAAUCGGAACGCAGCGUUUAAUGCUCGUGAGGGGUUUGACAACCCUCCCCGAAAAUAAAGCGAUUCGGGACGGAGAUUUGGAUACUGGCAUUGCGCCCGAAGAAAAACCACGAGAAUUCCAAUUCUUAUUUCGAAAUACUCCUCACUUAGCUGACUCGGAACUCUGAUCUAGGGUUUCGUUGGAGGGCUUUUUUUAUCAGAUCUCUAGGCAAUCAAAUGACGCCACCUCCAGGUCCUUACUCCGGUGCCAGCCCUCUCGCUCAGGUGGCGCGUGCAUCAGCAUUCAGUUUUGGCUUGGUUUAUGGAAGUGUGAAGCUCAAGAUUCUCAAGAUGAAAGCAAAUUCACAUAAGAAGGCGGAAGCUAAGGCACAUCACUGAGGAGCUAGUCUUAGGAUGAUGAAAUAAAUGGCCAUCGAUCAUUCAAAUGGUUACCAUAUGAUUACUCUUAUGCAAAAGAUGACUCUUGGUUUAGAGAAUUAUGAGUUUUUUGAAUUUUUGUUUAUGAAUGUGAAUUUCCACAUUUAUGAGAAAGUGAGACAGUUUUCUAUAAAUUGAACACUUGGAAGAACAAUUAUUUUGUGGAUUCCUGGGUAUUCAUACAUAUACUAUACCAUUAGGAUUUCAUGAUCUUCUUUAUGAAUGCUAAGCGAUUGUGCAUUGCGAUUCA